UUGGACUGUUGCUAUAGUCACGUCCUUCCUUGCGUCGUCGACAUGAAGAAGAAUGGCGAGAGACGAAAAGGUCAGUGCACAUAGCUUGCUGCUAGCUACACGAAUCACGAUUCGCUCGCUCCCCUCCCUCGCGAAGAGUUUCCUCGGCAGUCCGACAUCGUACAGAGACACAUGCAGUCUCACCAUAGACGGGUUACACAGGCCAAGAGAAGAGUGGAUGCUGCACCUCCCAAGGCGUUAUGCUGCACAAAGAUGAGGGACAGAGCAAAGAGAGAACAAGAAAGAAAUUCCUCGAGUGAUAAAAAGGGUGGCUUGCAACUAACUAAAAAUGUGACGCAAAUCGUCAAUCGACCAGGAAUGACCACAACAAAAGGGAAAUCUCUCCACGUGGCAGGAGGAACCUUCACUGUCAGUAAUGGUCCUCCAGCCACCAUAUUACCUCUACUGGACAGCUGUUCACUGGAGGUAGAGGGUGGAGUGGGGAGGUGGCACCUCUACCACACUCACACAGGAAGACUGACGGGUUUUCUGAGAGAGAGACAGAGACUCAGCAGCAGGAGGGGACAGGACAAGCGGCACCUCCAGCCACCCUGGAGGCCGCCCUACACCAGCCCUGCCCGUACUCCACUAGCUGGAGCCAUAGAGACUAAACACCAGGGAAAUCUAGCACACACAGGUCCUCUAGCAAAAGGUGCGAUGCAAAGAUCAAAACAGCAGGUGAAACGGGGCUGGAUGUGCAGGAGACAGAAGUAAAGAGUGAUGAUUCCAAUGUACAGAGUGAUAAUUCUGAUGGUUUGAAGAGUGAGGACAAAACCGAGGAAUCUUGCAGCUCGUAUACAUCAUGGAGUGAUGUUUCAGAAGACGAUGAAGACGAUGAGAGGAAGGUGUUAGUUGAUGACGAUGCACAACAAAUCUCCAAGAAAAACCACAGUGCUAGGGAAAUACUGCUUCAGGGAGAAGAAAUGAAAGAGAAAACCUUUUCUUUGACUGAGAGGAAUACUAAAACCAAACAGGAAUGCCAAGAAAGGGAGUUGGAGAGUCGCUACCUGGAGUUUGUGUCAGAAGUGACUCGGGAGAUUGUGAGGAGGCGUGUCCUCACGAGGCCAGCUCUGGACCUUCUCUGCCAGACCCAUAUCCACAGACACAGACAUCUGCUGAGGGAGGAUGAAAUGGUGAAGAGAUUGGAUGAACUAAAGAAGCAGAUUGGAGUAACAUAACACACUAGAAACUA